UGUAAAGUGCGACACUCACUGUAGGGGUCCGGAAAGGAGAGGUGUAUUUUUUAGGAAUGGUGAUGUGCUUAAGUUGCGCGCUAUGGUGCACACACGCAAAUUUUCUUUUACCACUCUGGCUUUGCACCUCAGUCAGUAGAUCAGACUACUGAAACAACCCAAACACUCACUAUAUUCAGAGGAAAGGAGAAGAGGAUGGCAGCUCCACAUAACGGAACCAACGUAACGGCGAACUACACCAACCAGUUUGUGCAGCCACCGUGGCGCGUCGCUCUCUGGUCCGUCGCCUACAGCUCCGUGCUGGCGGUGGCUGUGUUUGGAAACCUCAUCGUGAUCUGGAUCAUUCUUGCACACAAGCGUAUGAGGACGGUGACGAACUAUUUCCUCCUAAACUUGGCGUUUUCGGACGCGUCAAUGGCCGCGUUUAACACUUUGAUAAACUUUAUCUACGCUGCACACGGGGAGUGGUACUUCGGCGAAGCGUACUGCAAAUUCCACAACUUCUUCCCAGUCACAUCCGUGUUUGCAAGCAUCUACUCCAUGACUGCGAUAGCUGUGGACAGGUACAUGGCCAUCAUCCACCCCCUGAAGCCUCGUCUGUCGGCCAAGGCCACCACAGGAGUUAUCAUCUGUAUCUGGAGUCUGGCCGUGGUCCUCGCCUUCCCUCUCUGCUACUUCUCCACCACCCACGCGCUGCCUCGCAGGACCCUCUGCUACGUGGCCUGGCCCCGAAUGGCCGACGACCCAUUCAUGUAUCAUAUCAUAGUUACAGUCCUAGUCUACGUGCUGCCCUUAGUGGUGAUGGGCAUCACUUACACCAUCGUGGGGGUGACUCUGUGGGGAGGAGAGAUCCCAGGAGACUCAUCUGAUAACUAUCAUGGACAGCUCAGGGCUAAAAGGAAGGUGGUGAAGAUGAUGAUCAUAGUAGUGGUGACCUUUGCCCUCUGCUGGCUCCCCUUUCACGUCUACUUCAUUGUGACGGGUCUAAACAAGCGUCUGAACAAGUGGAAGUACAUCCAGCAGGUCUACCUGUCAGUGCUGUGGCUGGCAAUGAGCUCCACCAUGUACAACCCCAUCAUCUACUGCUGCCUCAACAGCAGAUUCCGAGCUGGCUUCAAGCGAGCGUUUCGUUGGUGCCCGUUCAUCAAGGUAUCCAGCUAUGACGAGUUGGAGCUACGUUCUACGCGGCUUCACCCAACACGCCAGAGCAGCAUGUACACGCUGUCUCGAAUGGAUACCACCGUCAUGGUGGUUUAUGACCCCACCGAGGGAGAUGGCGGCGCCAGCGGUGGGUCCGGAGGGAAGCACUCCCUGUCGGCUAGGAAGAGGAGCUACAUCACGUCUCGCCACUCCGAAGUCUCUGGAUGCAACGGUGGCGAUGCAAAAACGCAAAAUGGAGGAGCUCCAAGCGCUCAGCCUGAGGAGUUUUCUUGAAGGGUGUUCUCACAGACUGACACACAGACAUGUAAGAAAAGAACACACAUAAUACUCUGUACAUACAAAUGGUGCACAGGCCGUCGCUUAAUUUAGAUGUAAAAGCAUUUUAUCGAAGCAGUUACUUUAACAUGCAAAGAAUGACCAAGUGGACACAGAGAUUAUUAAUAUUUUAGCUCAAUGGAUAAUAUUAAAGAUAUCCUGGAGCGUGGAUGGAUCACUGAGUGGGCUUACUGGGCACAGGUGUGAAGUUCAAGGGGUCAGUUUAGAGUGAAUGUUAUUAGCAGUUAUUAUUUGAAACCCACACAGCUUAAUCAAAAGUAGUGAAGCCUCUACUAUGGUGUUUUUGUUUGUGUGUUUGUUUGCCCCAUAUCCUUUAAUAUUGGAGCCAGAUUGUGAUGCAAAUAUAAUUUAUUUUAUGCUUGCUUAUUUUCCACUACAUAAUACAGCUGACAGUAUUAGGCUACAGUGAAGCAACUUAAGUAUGUUUCACAGCAGAAUAGAUAUCAUGAUAUUAUUUUGUAUGUUUUUCUGUGCAGAGAGCUGUCACUGUGAGACUGGCUCAAUUUGCGAGCAGAGUUUACACACAGGUCCCAAAAGUGCAAUCAUCAUUAUUAAAAAAGGACUGUGGUUUGUAAAUUCCAUAUACUCUCUUCCAUCCACAUGCAUGGGUCACACCACAACUGUGGUGUUUGUUAGACGUUUAGGCAUCAACAGGAGAAGAGUUUAUUUCAUGUCGCAAACUGCAGCUUGGUGAAACAGGCCUCUGCUUUGGAAAAGAUUCAUACAGCCUUCCCUAAGUUCAGGGUUUGUUCUCGACUAAUAGCAUAACCAUGAAGUCAGAGUUUACUUGCAAAAUAGCCUCCUAAAAAAUCUGAAUUGUUGGCUAGCAACUAGGGCUGGGAUGGGUGGUGCUAAUAUAGGGGGGCCUUUACAUGUCUGUGCCCCAGGAGCCCAUUGUCUCAUAAUCCAUCCAUGCUGGGGAGGACCCUUAACAACAUUUGAAGUGAACAAUGCUGAACUUGUUAAAUAGUGUUAAAAUAUGCCUAUCACAACUUUUUUCCAUGACCAAGACAAGACGAUGACGAGGGGAUACUGACAUCAUUUAAAACAAACUGACUAAAUCAACACGUAAUAUUGUUGACUAAAAAGACAAGAAGGAAAUUUAGUUUGAAAGAAAGGACUUUACUGAAAUCUUUUUCUUCUUUUCCUUUUUUUAAAUUACAAAAUGUCACAAAGCUCUGCCCACUCUCCUUUCAGCGCCCAUUAACCAGCUGCUCAGACAGGUCACAUUGCAACAGAGAGCUCCAUAUCCAGCUCACAAUCUGCAGUGACAUUUUCAGCAUCUGGUCUAUUUUCUCCAUCAGCACUACACCAGCAGCACACAAUGAGCACAGUCAACCUGUUCUCAUUCCCAGGUCGUCAAUACAGACGCUAUGUCACACCUCUCAG